AUGUUACUUUUACAUUCACAUUUACUUAUAUCCCUUGUUUUAUUUUGUAAAUGGUUAGGAACACCAAAUUCAUCAGCAGAGGGCGUAUGGAAACGGUUAGAUAAACCAAAUUCAUCAGCGGACGACGUAUGGAAACGGUCAGAUAAACCAUAUUCAUCAGCACAGGGCGUAUGGAAACGGUUAGAUAAACCAAAUUCAUCAGCUGAGGACCUACGGAAAUGGUCAGAUAAAUCAUAUUCAUCAUCAGAGAGCGUAUGGAAACGGUUAGAUAAACCAAACUCAUCAGCGGACGACGUAUGGAAACGGUCAGAUAAACCACAUUCAUCAGCAGAAGGCGUAGGUAAACGGUUAGCUAAACCAAAUUUAUCAAAAGAAGCCAUAUGGCAUUGGAAAUCAAAUCCAAAUCCAUUCGAUCCACGUGAAACCCCACAAUGGACGCAAUAUUCUGACAUUGAUAAUGACAUUAUUGAAGAAGCAUUUAUAAAGAAAGAAAAACAAGUUGGAUUAGAAAAUUAUUGGAUAGAUUUUGAAAAGAUGCUCCAAAUAACUAAACCGUGUGGUUCAGAACAACGAGAAAUUAAAAGAGUCUUAAUUGAUCAUGAACAGAAUUUAAGACAUGAAAGAUUUUUUGUUCCACCUAAAUUAACGCAAUCAUUUAGUGUUUAUAGCGUAAGGUGUGAAUUUGUCAAUUCAUGGAUAAACAGUUUUAAGGAUUCUGGAAAUACGGAUGUAGUUCUUAAACAAGCAGGUAAUGGCAUUCUUAUAGAAGGUGAACAAGUUGGUGAGAUUACUGAUGCUAAAUGGUGUGCGGAACAAUUGAAUCACAUUAAACAUGAAGAUGAAAUUGAUCACUGUGUGAUAUACAUUUAUACGAAAGAAUGUUUUCUUUAUAAAAUGCUGAAUACAACAUUGAGAGAAAACGAUAUGACAAAAGUUAAAACAUUAGGACCAUUUUGUUAUUUAUUAGAUAUCGCAAUGGCAAAUACAAAAAAUAAGUAUUACACUGGCUAUCUUUAUAGAGGAGCACAACUUCACGAUAAUAUGAUACAAGAUUAUUUGAAAGCUGUUGGUCAAGGUUGUAGAUCAUGGUCGGCAUUUACAUCAACAUCAAAAAGUCGAAGUAAAGCUGAAGAAUUUGGUGACACAUUGUUCAUUAUUAAUAUUAUAGAUGAACACUCAAAAGCGCUUGAUAUAUCAUCAAAUUCAGUUUUCCCGAAAGAAGAAGAAGUAUUAUUACCGGAUAACUGGAAUUUUAUUGUUGAAAAAGUUGAUAAGAUUAAUGGUAAAAACCAUAUUUAUUUAAGGCGAUCAAAAGAUCACAAAUAG